CUACUAAUCAUGCAGCCAUUGGCUCAUCUGUGGACAACCAGGGUCAGACGUCUGUCAGGACUGGAGGACAAGCCAGGCCAAGUGAGACCAAGUCAGGAAACUAUCCGGUCCAGAGUCAACUUCGUUUUUUUUUUAAAGGAUAAUUCACGUUUUAGUGUGAGAAGAGGAGAAAGGAGAACACGGGGGGCAAAAUGAUGACCCAGAUGGAGACAACGGUGCACUAUGAUAAUGGCUAUGAGGAUGAGUACAUGAUGCAGGAGGAUGAGUGGGACAGGGACAUGCUGCUGGACCCCGCCUGGGAGCAACAGCAACGGAAAACCUUCACAGCUUGGUGCAACUCUCACCUGAGGAAGGCUGGCACUCAAAUCGAGAACAUCGAGGAAGACUUCAGGAAUGGAUUAAAGCUUAUGCUGCUCUUGGAAGUCAUUUCAGGAGAGAGGUUACCUAAGCCUGACAGAGGAAAGAUGCGGUUUCAUAAGAUUGCUAAUGUCAAUAAAGCGCUGGAAUUCAUCACGAGUAAAGGAGUGAAGCUGGUCUCCAUCGGAGCUGAAGAGAUAGUGGACGGGAAUGUAAAGAUGACUCUUGGAAUGAUUUGGACCAUCAUCCUCCGCUUUGCCAUUCAGGACAUAUCUGUGGAAGAAACAUCUGCUAAGGAAGGUCUUCUUCUGUGGUGUCAGAGAAAGACUGCCCCCUACAGGAACGUUAACGUCCAAAACUUCCAUGUCAGCUGGAAGGACGGCCUGGCCUUCUGCGCCCUGAUUCACAGACACAGACCUGACCUCCUCGACUUCUCGAAGCUCAACAAGGAUGAUCCACUGGGGAACCUGAACCUGGCUUUUGACAUAGCCGAAAAACACCUGGACAUUCCUAAAAUGCUGGAUGCUGAAGAUAUCAUCAACACCCCCAAGCCUGAUGAGAGAGCCAUCAUGACCUACGUGUCGUGUUUUUACCAUGCUUUUGCUGGAGCUGAGCAGGCAGAGACAGCUGCCAACAGGAUAUGCAAGGUUCUUGGGGUAAACCAAGAGAACGAGAAACUGAUGGAGGAGUAUGAGAGACUGGCCAGUGAGCUGCUGGAGUGGAUCCGCCGCACCACUCCCUGGCUGGAGAACCGGACCCCAGAGAAGACCAUGGCAGAGAUGCAGCGGAAGCUGGAGGACUUCAGAGACUACAGACGGAAGCACAAACCCCCUAAAGUGCAGGAGAAGUGCCAGCUGGAGAUUAACUUCAACACCCUGCAGACCAAGCUGCGCAUCAGCAAUCGGCCUGCUUUCAUGCCCUCCGAGGGAAAGUUGGUCUCUGACAUAGCCAGUGCCUGGCAGGGUCUGGACCAGGCAGAAAAAGGCUUCGAGGAGUGGCUCCUCACAGAGAUCCGCAGGCUGGAGAGGCUGGACCACUUAGCAGAAAAGUUCCGCCAGAAAGCCACCAACCAUGAGAACUGGGCCAGCGGUAAAGAACUGAUCCUCUCCCAGAAGGACUAUGAAACAGCCACCUUGACAGAAAUCAGAGCGUUGCUUCGAAAACACGAGGCCUUUGAGAGUGAUUUGGCAGCCCACCAGGACAGAGUGGAGCAGAUUGCUGCUAUUGCUCAGGAGCUAAAUGAGCUGGAUUACCAUGAUGUUGCUUUAGUGAACCAGCGCUGCCAAAGCAUCUGUGACUUGUGGGACAAGCUGGGAACUCUAACUCAAAAGAGAAGAGAGUCACUAGAGCGUACAGAAAAAUUGCUGGAGACURUUGAUCAGUUGUUUCUGGAGUUUGCCAAACGAUCGGCUCCUUUCAACAACUGGAUGGAAGGAGCCAUGGAGGACCUGCAGGACAUGUUUAUCGUUCAUACCAUCGAGGAGGUCCAGAGUCUAAUUGCUGCUCAUGAGCAGUUUAAAGCCACUCUGCCCGAGGCAGAUGCAGAGAGGCAGGCCAUUUUGGGAAUCCACAAUGAGGUGCAGAAAAUCUCCCAGAGCUAUGGGAUUAAGCCCAACAUGAUCAAUCCCUACAGCACCAUAACAACAGAGGGGCUUCUCAACAAGUGGGAGAAGGUGAAGAAGCUGGUUCCUCAAAGAGAUGGUGCCCUCCAGGAGGAGAUGGCACGCCAACAUGCCCAUGAAAGGUUGAGACGACAGUUUGCUGCCCAGGCUAAUCUCAUUGGACCCUGGAUUCAGGCCAGGAUGGAGGAAAUUGGGCGCUGCUCCCUGGAGAUUGGAGGCRCACUGGAAGACCAGAUGACCCAGCUGAAACAAAUUGAGCAUGUCAUUGUUGCUUACAAGCCCAACAUAGACAAGUUGGAGGGAGACCACCAGCUAAUCCAGGAAUCGCUUGUUUUCGACAACAAACACACCAAUUACACUAUGGAGCACAUUCGUGUCGGAUGGGAGCUGCUCCUCACAACCAUCGCCCGAACCAUUAAUGAGAUYGAGACCCAGAUCCUGACUCGGGAUGCCAAGGGCAUCAGCCAACAACAGAUGAAUGAGUUCAGAUCUUCUUUCAAUCACUUUGACAGGAAGAAAAACGGAGCAAUGGAGACCGACGACUUCAGAGCUUGCCUCAUCUCCAUGGGUUACGACUUGGGAGAAGUGGAAUUUGCCCGUAUAAUGAUGCUGGUGGACCCGAACGCGACUGGAAUCGUUUCCUUCCAGUCUUUUAUUGACUUUAUGACGAGAGAGACCGCUGAUACGGACACCGCUGAACAGGUUGUGGCAUCCUUCCGGAUCUUGGCAGCUGAUAAGCCCUACAUACUUGUGGAUGAGCUUAGGAGAGAACUUCCUCCUGAACAAGCGGAGUAUUGCAUCAUGAGGAUGCCUCCUUACAAAGGYCCCGGAGCACCACCAGGAGCCCUGGACUACACCGCCUUCUCCACUGCCCUCUAUGGAGAGAGUGACCUUUAACUUGAAAAGAAAUCCCCCUCAACAUCUGGCCAUUUUUUACCCACUCUUUCCAUGCACCUAUUAAUAAAAUUAAUCUUUAAUUUUAGGUCAGAUAUGUUGAAUGAAAAGCAAGCUUUAAAAGUCAAGCAAUCACUGUAAACAAUGUCCUAUAUCGUUUUCCAGGUUUAUUUUCCCCAUGUUAAACAAAGUGAGGUGUCCUAAUUAAAUAAAAUAUUUGGAAAAAAAACGAUUUCAAAUGUUUUGAGAGGAAAAAAAAUUCUAUAAAGAAAUAUAAAAGUGAGUUCAAAUUUUUAUUUGUGGAGGUUUUCCCCCAAUUACAAACAGUAGUCCCAGCUUUCUUUGCAAUAUUGUGUAUCAGUUUCAUGUUUUGUCGCAGCCCCUUUGUUUUGGGAAUAAAAUUUUCUGCUAAGUUGCUUAAAUUGGAUUACGGUUUGCAAAAACAGUUUCAGGGCGACUGCCAUUCGUCAAUAAACAGCUGGUUCCCAAAAGGCCAGAAGAAUGCGUUAAUCAGCAAAGGGAAACUGGGAAACCACAGAAGCACUAAAGGAAAUGUUUACAAUGGCUCAUUACAUAAAAGGUAGAAAACACGGAUGAAAGAUGCAAAAUGGUUUGUUUGCAGAAUUUUAAUUUGGACUAAAACAAACUGAAACAUUCUCUGGCAGCAGCAAGUACACUGAUGCUUGUGCGUGCUCAGAAAUAUAAAAUUGCCAAAAAAAAAAAAGCUAAUCUUAAAACAUCAUUUUCUCUAAGUUUGGCUUCAAAAGAGACUUUGCUUUUGUAUUUAGGCUCUGUUAUUUCUGAUUUUAAAUUCUUGCACAAUGCGGAACCAAUUUUAAUAUCUAAUAUUUCAAAUUUGUAAUAAUUUAAUACACAAGAUAAUUUUUAUUUUUUAAAUGAUGCAGUUUUAUGUACUUUAUUUACAAGAUUGAAGGGAAAUAAAAGAAGCAUAUAAACAUCAGUACCAAAAUUCUGUGAUGAAGCCUUUGAGAGUUCUUUUUGUUUCCCAGUUUCUUUGGAACAUUUCAAGUCUUKAGGUUAACUGGUUAAUUAUAAAGUGAUUUCAUUCUGAAAUAUACAGAAUYAUACCUCUGGUGAGAUGUUUCCAAUCAGUUAAUUCAUGUUCUAAAAACUAAAAAAAACCUCAUUAAGUGGUCCCAUGAACCAUGUGAGCAAAGAUUUGUUGAGCUAAAACUUUGAGACUAUAAGCCAAAGCAAAAUCAAAUACUUUGUGUUCUUUUGAUAGUGAAUAAUCCAAAUGAGCUACAGGAAAGGUUUUUAUUUAUUUUUUUUGUGAAGAUAAUUUUUCACAAAGACUGAGCUCAAUGGAUCUCACUGGCAAUAUUUUAUGUCAAAUGUAAGCAAUCCACUUUAAAAUAAACUUUAAUUUACCGUGGCUAAGAUAAGAAACUCAAMCAUGACUAAUCUCCAGAAGAGAUGUUCUCACCUUUCAUUCAAUUUUGAUUAGUUAAUUUUUGGUAGGAAAACAGAAUCUCAGGUGCCGUUAAUGCCUUCUGUUAUUUGGCUCUGUUAACAAACACUGAUUCACGAAAGCAUCUGUGUCUAAUAAAGUAUUUUUUCAGCCCUGUA